GCGCAGCUGCGUGCGCGACGGGCUGGUGCUCUGCCUGCUGACGCUCCCGGCCAUCGUCCUGCUCCUGCAGCGGUGGCGGACAUCCUCCUCGCCGGACUGGGUCUUCGACGUCGACCCCCCGAUGGAGGACGACGACGACCAAGCUCGCGGACAACCGCGGCACCACGCCGGCAACGGAAGAAUAACGUGGGCGGCGCCGAGGCAGUUGGUGGGACAGAGGGAAGAAGAAGGAAAAAAAAAGAAGAGAACAAAUUCAGACACUCGAUGGCCUACGGCUCUGAGUGGUAGCUCCACUCGCUAUCCAGCUUCCCGCAAGCCAGCUACGCUCCUGCAACUUGCGUCGAUGGCCGGGGAUCGACCUGCUGCUCGGCGUCCCUCUCCCAAAAAUUAAAGAAAGAGAUCAGGGAGGUGCGCUCGUGCCAUGUGGGGGUAGAUGGCCAGCCUAGCUACCUAAGCUCAUGGAGAGGGGCAGCGCCACCGGCGAGGGGGCACGAGCGCCGCUGCGGAAGCGGCUGGAGAGGCAGAGGACGGCCGGGGAGAAGUCGCCACCCGGUGGGUUCCGGGCCGCGCUGGCGGUGUGCUUCCUGCUGGUCCCGCCCGUGCUGCUGCUGCAGCGAUGGCAGGCCGGCCCCGCGCCGGCGUGGCUCUUCGCGGCCGAUCUCCCGCCGGAGGCUAACCGAGAUAUAAAGGAUGGUGUGUUUGAUGAUCUAUCUCCAUCGGCACAAAUUGAGUAUGACAGACUUCUUGGUGGCCUUCUGAUUGAGGGAUUUGAUGAAAGAUCCUGUCGCAGCAGGUACCAAUUUGCACGUUAUCACAAGUCUGAAAGAAUACCUUCUCCAUACCUCAUAGAAAGGUUAAGGAGACAAGAAGCACUACAGAAGAAAUGUGGCCCAGGCACCAAAUCAUACCGCAGUGCUGCAGAACAGAUAAGGUCCGGUCAGAGCAUCAACAGUACAAAGGAUUGCAACUAUGUCUUCCUGAUAAUCCAUGCUGGGUUAGGGAACCGGAUGCUUGAGAUAACUUCAGCGUUCCUGUACGCGCUUCUGACAGACCGGAUUUUGCUUGUGGAUCGUUACAAGGAGAUUGGUGACAUUUUUUGCGAGCCUUUCCCUGGAACUUCAUGGUUAAUUCCUUCUGAUUUCCCUCUGAGCUAUGAUGAGUUUACUCUGGGUAGUCCUGAGAGCUAUGGCAGCAUGUUGCAGAAUAAUGUUAUCAGUGGCAACAUGUAUCGGUCUUUAGCCAGUGCUAAGCCUCCCUAUGUGUACCUCCACCUUGAUGGUAACUACGGUUUCCAUGACAAGCUUUUCUACUGUGAGGACGACCAGCAGUUCCUAAAAGGUGUUCCGUGGCUGAUCAUACGAACUGAUAUGUACUUUGUUCCAUCGCUGUUCCUUAUUCCAAGUUACCAUGAGGAGCUCAGCAAGCUAUUUCCUGAGAAAGACACUGUUUUCCAUCACUUGGGGCGCUAUCUUUUUCAUCCGACAAACGACAUUUGGUAUUCAGUGAUAAAGUACUACAGGACCUACCUUGCUAAAGCUGAUAAGAUAGUGGGAAUUCAGAUCAGAGUAUAUGAGAAAAAGGGCAUCUUGCAAAGAAAUGGCCCAUUUCCACACAUUUUAGAACAGAUCCUAUCAUGUUCCCAGAAUGAAAAGCUGCUGCCAGAAAUUGCUGGGACUGAUAAAGCAGCGACUACGGCUGGGAAUAACAGGACAGUUGCCGUUCUUGCAACUUCCUUGAGCUCCUGGUACAGUGAUGAGAUCCGGAAAAGGUACAGCAAGCACCGGACUGUCGAUGGCACCACCGUCAAAGUUUACCAACCGAGCCAUGAGGAGUACCAGAAGUCGAGGAACAGGAAGCACAACAUGAAGGCACUGGCCGAGAUCUACCUGCUGAGCAUGAGCGACGAGCUGAUCACCAGCGGCUUCUCCACUUUUGGCUAUGCCGCGCAGGGCCUCGCCGGACUGACACCGUGGAUCAUGUACAGGUCGGUGAACCACGUCGUGCCGGACCCCGUGUGUGGCCGCGCCAUGUCCAUCGAGCCGUGCUUCCACCAGGCUCCCUUCUACGACUGCAAGGCGAAGAGGGAUACUGACCUGGGCAAGGUGGUGCCUUACGUGAAGCACUGCGAGGACGUCAGCUGGGGGCUGAAGAUUGUAAACCGAACUCGGUUGUAGCUGGUAUUCUUCGCCAUAACACAUUUGUUUGCUAAAAAUAGGGUAGAUUUCUUUUUACAAGAAAAUUGUGCUAGAAAAGUAAAUUUUUUUUUUUUGCUUUCUGCAUUUGAUCCAAUUGUAGAUAGUUGAAAAACAGAUCACAAAUAGCAACACAAUAGACAUGGUCUUCUAUACCAUUCUUACUUACUGGGGCACUAUUUUCAGUA